AUGGCCAGUAUAGCAGAGCACAAAUACCGGAUCGGUGUCGAUGUUGGCGGGACAAACACCGACGCGGUACUCAUCGCGCUCGACUCGAUGAGCAUCGUCGCCUCACACAAAUCGCCCACGACCGCCGAUGUGACGACCGGCAUAACGAAUGCUGUUCGAACGGUUAUCGAAAGCGCCUCCGUCUCCCUCUCCUCAAUCGGCUGCGUCAUCGUCGGGACCACGCACUUCGUCAACGCGGUCGUGCAGCGCUCGCCUGCCCUGCGUCGGGUCGCGGUGAUUCGACUCUGCGGCGGACCAGACGAAGGCUUCGGGCGCGGGAUUCCGCCGUUUAUUGACUUUCCGCUUGAUCUUCGAUCAUGCAUUGAGUCAGCGCGACAAUAUUUCUGCCAUGGGGGGUUCCAGAUCUCGGGCGAAGAAAUCAGCGCUGUGGACGAAGACGAGAUUCGUCGUGUCGCUGCUGAGCUGGCUGCGGAUCGAGUCGAGAAUAUCGUGAUAUCGGGCAUGUACGCGCCGCUCAAUCACACACAAGAAGUGGCUGUGCGGGAUAUCCUCCUCCAAACAAUGAAGUCGACAAGCAACUUCAGACCACGCGUUACGCUCUCCCACGAAGUCUCCGGUCUCGGUUUCCUGUCGCGCGAAAAUGCCGCCAUUCUCAACGCGACGCUGCGCCCUCUCGCCGAGAAGACGAUCUACGGAUUCAAGAAAGCAAUGCAGGAUAUCUUUCAAGGGAGCCCGUACACACUAUACCUCACGCAGAAUGAUGGCAGUGUUCUCAGCGCCGGCGAGGCGGUCGAUAAACCGAUUCGCACAUUCAACUCCGGCCCGACGAAUUCCAUCCGCGGCGGCGAGUUUCUGUGGCGUGCUGCUGGGAAGGCGAGCGGACGAGAUCAGGAAGACCGGACGGAGCCGCUGGUUGUCAUUGACAUUGGAGGGACAACUUCGGAUAGCGGACUGUUGCUGCCAAAUGGCCUUCCGCAGAUGAGCUCCAUUACGGGGUUGGUUGGUGGUGUUCGGACAAACUUUGCACUUCCGGCUGUCGAGAGCAUCGGGUUAGGAGGCGGCAGUAUCAUUCGCGAUACUCAUGGUCGGGUAACGGUUGGCCCAGAUAGCGUUGCUUUGGAGUUGCUGGAAAAGGCACAGCUGUUCGGAGGAGACUAUCUCACGUCUACGGAUAUCGUUGCUGCGUCGGGAGUCCACAACUCUCAUGAACCAAAUCCGUUCCGCGGAAUGGGGGACGUCUCUCGACUAUCAGACAUUACUCCAGACCUUGUAUCCCGGGCACGGGAAGAAAUGAGACGGAUGAUUACCGCGCUCGUCGACAGAACGAAGACGCAGAAAGGAGACGUAGAUGUCCUGAUUGUCGGUGGAGGCGCACCAUUGAUAAAAACAGACGAACCGCUCAAAGGCGUCCGAAGCUUACGGACUGUUAAAGGGGCGGAGGUUGCGAAUGCCGUUGGGGCCGCCAUUUCACGAGUCUCUGGAGUCAUUGACACCGUGGUUGAUACCUCGAAUCAAACAAUCAAAGCGGCGCAGGAAUCCGUCUCACGGUUGGCGAUUGACAAGGCUGUUGCUAACGGAGCGAAGCCAGAGACUGUCCAGAUAGCCGAGGUGACCAUGCUCCCGAUUCAGUAUGUUGAUGCAAAAGCUAGAAUCGUGGUUCGUGCGGUCGGAGAAUUGGCCGUCGUGUCUCAAGGGAUAACAGAAACAUUAGAGCCAUUAGAGGGUAACGAGGAAAAGGAGUCACAGGAAACUACGCGACCUGUUUCUGAGUCGAUCGAUGAAGCUGUCGACAUCCACUCCUACCGUCCACUCAUCAAAGACCAGCAGUGGGUCAUCUCAACCACAGAUCUCGACUUCAUAGCCCAAGGCUGCAAAGUGCUCGGCUGCGGAGGUGGUGGCGACCCAUACCAGGAGUUCCUCAAAGUCAGUGCUCUAGUCCAAAAGAACCCAGGUACAGUCAAAGUUGUCUCACCAGACUACCUCCCGGACGACGAUCUCGUGGGCUGGACGGGAAACAUGGGAAGUCCCGAAGUCAACAUGGAGCGGCUCGAGAAUGACGAGUGUCUCAAGGCACACGAAGAGCUCAUGCGCGCCACCGGCAUCCCAGGGGUUUCAGGGUUCAUGGCAUUAGAAAUCGGUGGAGGGAAUGGCGUACUCAACCUAGGCGUUGCGGCGAGGUUCGGGGUUCCCUGCGUCGACGCGGACUACAUGGGCCGCGCAUACCCCACGACCUGGCAGGUUACAGCCAAUGUGUACGGCAGCGAGCGUGGCGAGGCCCUGGUCCCAAUGACAAUUGCCAGCGGCGACGGUUCAUUCAUCACAAUGACCGCAUCACGGACCGACAGGUUGGUGGAUAAGAUCCUCCGAGCCUCUUGUGUCGAAAUGGGCUGUCGCGCUGGCAGUGCCGGGCCACCGAAAACGGCCAAGAUCGUGCGCGACCAGGCGAUUACCAACACCGUCUCUCUUGCCUGGUGGAUCGGCCGGGCAAUUGCACUGGAGAAGACCAUCAGCGACAGAGCGCAGCGGAUAAUCGAUGAAGUCGGCGGUCCUGAGAGCGCCGCCAUCCUCGGCGAGGGGAAGAUCACGAAUGUCGAGCGGAUCCUCAAGACUGGUCAUACCUAUGGCGUGCUCGAGGUAGACGGGAAAUUGCCGGACGGUACAAAGGCUACUUUGAAGGUGCCAUUCAAGAACGAAAAUGCGUUUGUCGAGGCGGUUCUUACGAGCGGCGAGUCGAAGAUCCUCGCAUCGGUGCCGGAUUUGAUUGCUGUGCUUGAUGCCGAGACAGGGGCCGGACUUGGUACGCCGGAGUACAAGUAUGGCCUGAAGGUGAUGAUCAUCGCCAUUGCCGCUUCACCGAGGUGGACUGACACACCAAGGGGCAUGGCGCUGGGGGGUCCUGGGUCCAUGGGUUUCGAGGGCAUUGAAUACGUGCCCAUUGGGAAGUAUAGCAAACCACGGAGCGUGAUUGACGCUUUCGCGUAA